AAUCAGAUGGACCCCGUUGGAUAUGAAAAAUAACACUGCCACCCCCUAGUACUAACGUUAACCUAACAGACCUAAUAGCAAUGAUGAAAUGACUAUUUCACUUCCCUCACUAAACCACCGACACCAUCGCCUCGACAGUGUACCGGCACCAUCGUUCUCUCGCUCAAUUUAGCAACACCACAGACCACCAGUAGGUCAAAUACAACCCAUCACAAUACCCAUAUGAGGGAGAGACUGGUAGGCCAUCAAAGGGUUUGGUGAACAUGUUAAGAGCCCUAAGAUCCAAAAAUCUUAGAUCUGAAAAAAAGUCCUAAAGAUCUACAAAUUUCAUCAAACUCAUCUUGAAUCUGCAAAAUAUGGUCAAAUUCAUCUUCCAUCUACAAAUCUACAGGUGGAGGUGGCUUUUGAUCUUCUGGGUUUAGAUCGAGUGGGUUGAGGGAAAGGCGGCCUCCCGCCUGCAGCCUCCAGCCUUCAUGGCUUAAGCCAACUGAAGAUCCAGCUCGACGUUAAGCUUGUCUUCUUUUUUUUCUUCUUCUCUCUAUUUGGCGUGAAUCAGCUCAACAAAGACCCAAACGAAGCUCUCUGUCUCUCUCUCUGGUGUGAAUCAGGUUGACGAAGAUCUCGAUUCUCUUUAUGAAUUGUGUUUGUAGUUGGUUUUAGAUUUUGGGCUCUCUUUUAUCUCCCACUUCGAUUUCAGGCACCCACUUGGGUUUUAGAUCUAAUCAUGUAUGAUGUGUGUGUGUAAUGUAGAAUAUAUUUAACUAGGUAAACGCUAUCCGAAUAUAUUCUGUUUGAAGAAUGUGUAACUGUGUCAGUUUGUCUUCCGUUACUGAUAGGGGGUCUUAGUAUAAUUUGUCAAACGUAAGUGGAUGUAUCUGAUUAAGUGAUAAACUUGAGGACGUGUAAGUGUAAUUUAUCCCAAUAGUAAAUAUUGGCAGGAUUACGCAACCUUCUCUCUAUUCUUCCCAGCGGCCGCCAGUCUGUAGUCCAUAGGCUCUCUCUUUCACCGCUGUAAGUUUCGGCUGUUGUCAUGGAGUUGAAGCUAUCGUUCUCGUCCGAUAACGCUCCGCUCUCAGUCAUUGCGGCAGCGAAGGUCGCCGGAAUUUCUCUCUCCAUCGAUCCAACACUCAGUCCUGGCUCUCCUCCUACGUUGCUCCUCCCCGAAGGAUUGAAGCAGGGAACAAAUGAGCUUCUCCGGUAUCUCGGUGGGAAAGGAACCAUUUCUAAUUUCUAUGGCAUGGAUGCCUUCGAAUCUGGUCAGAUUGAUAAAUGGCUAGAGUAUGCCUCUGUUUUUGAAUCUGGUUCUGAAUUUGAGGGAGCAUGUGCCUAUGUGGAUGAAUAUUUGCUGCAGCGUACUCUUUUGGUCGGUCAUAAUCUCUCAGUUGCAGAUAUAGCAAUUUGGUCUGGUCUUGCAGGAACUGGGCAGAGGUGGGAAAGUUUGAGGAAGUCAAAGAAAUACCAAAACCUAGUGCGGUGGUUCAACUCAAUAUUCGUUGAAUAUAAUGAUGCCUUGAGUGAGGUCAUAUCAACAUUUGUUGGUAAAAAGGGCUUGGGAAAGCCAAUGGCAUCCAAAGUAAAAGGAAAAGAGCAACAAGGUUCUAAUCCUGAUUCCAAGAAUGUAAGUGGCAGUGCUAAUGAAAAGGGAAAUGUAGGCAAUCGGCCCACAUUUGAAGUAGAUCUUCCAGAUGCUGAAGUUGGAAAAGUGAAGUUGCGUUUUGCACCGGAACCUAGUGGUUAUCUUCACAUUGGACAUUCAAAAGCAGGACUAUUGAACCAGUAUUUUGCUCAAAGGUACCAAGGUCAGGUGGUCGUGCGCUUUGACGAUACAAAUCCUGCUAAAGAAAGCAAUGAAUUUGUGGAUAAUAUUCUGAAGGAUAUUGAAACUUUGGGUAUUAAGUAUGAGAAGGUUACAUAUACGUCGGAUUACUUCCCUAAGCUAAUGGAAAAAGCUGAGGAAUUGAUUCGUGAGGGUAAGGCGUAUGUUGAUGAUACACCACGUGAUCAAAUGCAAAAAGAAAGGAUGGAUGGAAUUGAAUCAAGGUGUAGGAACAACAGCUCUGCAGAGAACAUGAUAUUGUGGAAGGAAAUGAUUGCUGGAUCUGAAAGGGGUUUACAGUGCUGUCUCCGAGGGAAGCUGGAUAUGCAGGACCUAAACAAGUCACUUAGGGAUCCAGUAUAUUAUCGUUGCAACCCGAUGCCUCACCAUAGGAUUGGGUCUAAGUAUAAGAUUUAUCCCACUUAUGAUUUUGCAUGUCCUUUUGUUGACGCGGAAGAAGGUAUUACACAUGCACUUCGAUCUAGUGAGUACCAUGAUCGCAAUGCUCAGUACUACAGGAUUCAAGAAGAUAUGGGAGCUCGAAAGGUUCUCAUAUAUGAAUUUAGCCGGUUGAAUAUGGUAUAUACACUUCUCAGCAAGCGUAAGCUUCUAUGGUUUGUUCAAAAUGGAAAGGUUGAUGGGUGGGAUGAUCCUCGGUUCCCUACAGUCCAAGGAAUUGUGCGCAGGGGCCUGAAAAUCGAGGCCUUGGUACAGUUCAUCCUUGAACAAGGAGCAUCAAAGAAUCUUAAUCUCAUGGAAUGGGACAAACUCUGGACCAUUAACAAGAAGAUUAUCGAUCCUGUGUGUUCCAGACAUACUGCUGUCAUUGAAGAACGGCGUGUAUUGCUAACUUUAACUAAUGGACCUGAGGAGCCAUUUGUCCGGAUCAUACCAAGGCAUAAGAAAUACGAAGGUGCUGGGGAAAAGGCUACUACUUACACAAAGAGAAUAUGGAUAGAUCAUGCUGAUGCUGAAUCAAUCUCGGUAGACGAGGAAGUGACCUUAAUGGAUUGGGGGAAUGCCAUUGUAAAAGAAAUUAGAAAGGACCAAGAUGGAUAUGUCACGCAUUUAGCUGGGGUUUUGCAUCUUGAGGGAUCUGUUAAAACCACAAAGCUGAAGCUCACCUGGCUGCCAGACACAAGUGAACUUAUAACACUCUCUUUAGUGGAGUUUGACUAUUUAAUUUCAAAGAAGAAGCUUGAAGAAGAUGAGGAUUUCCUUGAUGUCCUUAACCCAUGUACGAAAAAGGAAACUGUAGCCCUUGGGGAUUCAAAUAUGAGGAACUUGAAGCGUGGGGAAAUACUGCAGCUGGAGAGGAAAGGCUACUUUAGAUGUGACGUUCCCUUCAUGAGGCCUUCAAGGCCCAUAGUUUUAUUUGCAAUUCCAGAUGGGAGGCAGCAAACCGUGUUGAAGUAAGUCCUUUUGAUUGUAGUUAGCCUUCAAUGAAUGAAUUGAGAAAAUUUUCCGUGUAACUCCUAUUUGAUACGUGUCGUCCCCAAGUAUUGUUAAUGUAUACUGAUUUAAAGUGACUUGUGAAUCGUUUUUCAAUUAUAUCUAUCAUUUCCCUUCCAUUUAUUGUAGAAUUUGG